GUUGACGUCAAAGUGUUCACGUGAUCCGGUUUGUUACAUCGCUCUGUGUUUGGACACAUCAGGAACUGCACCGUCCGCUUUAGCUGAUUAUUCUCGGGUUCUCCUGCCCAAAAAAUGCCUUCUGACAAGUCAUUCAAACAGAGGAGAAGCUUCGCUGAUCGAAUUAAAGAAGUUCAACAGAUCAGAGACCAGCAUCCUAACAAGAUACCAGUGAUCAUUGAAAGGUACAAGGGGGAGAAGCAGCUGCCAGUGCUGGACAAGACCAAAUUCUUAGUUCCUGACCAUGUCAAUAUGAGUGAACUUGUUAAAAUUAUUCGGCGCAGACUCCAGCUGAACCCAAACCAAGCCUUCUUCCUGCUGGUCAACCAACGGAGCAUGGUCAGCGUCUCAACCUCCAUCUCCGAGAUCUACGAGCAGGAGAAGGAUGAAGACGGCUUCCUUUACAUGGUAUAUGCCUCUCAGGAAACCUUUGGGUGCUGAAGGCCAAAGCAGCACCAUUACAGCGAAGAUCCCUGGACUUCGUUAACCGGUCAAGGAUAGAGAGAAGAGAGAAUUUCACUGUGUUUCUAAAAAACAAAACAAAAAAAAACCCAAAACACCAGGAUUUCUAUCCUGCAUUCUGUCACUCACACGUACUACGAACGCAUAGUGUAC